UCAAUGGAAAGUUUUAGUGUAGUCUACUGAGUCUACUUUUCGCUGGGUUGCUAAAACUAUCUAGAUAGUUCCGGAACACUUGCCUGACCUUUCGGUUAUUGACCUGAAAACCUAUUUACGUAUUACAUUCUAACGUGUGCAGGCUACGUACAGUAAUUUGAGUUACUUCUUAGAACGUAACAGAAGAUAUGGUAUCACAUGGUUGCCUCAGUCUCAUCAAAUACUUCCUGUUCCUGUUUAAUCUAUUCUUUUUUACUCUGGGAAUGCUCCUGCUCUUUCUUGGAUUAUGGAUUGUAUUUGAUGAAAUGAGCUUCUUCAUUACUGACCCCUCUUCCAUUUCUCUCUCUCUACUCUCCUAUUUUCUGGCCAUUGGGGGCACUAUCACUAUGGGAGUGGCCUUUUUUGGAUGCCUGGGUGCAUUGAAGGAGGUUAGAUGCAUGUUGGGAAUGUAUUUCUUCCUGCUCACAAUCCUGCUUUCAGCUCAGAUUGUUGGAGGAGUUCUGUUCUUCACACAAAAGGCUGCGUUUGAGGACAAAGUAAGAGAUCAUGUGCUUCAAAUCAUCACAUCAUUCAGAAAAAAUGACUCCAGUCUCAACCAUUUUGAGAAGACUCUGGAGUACAUACAGAUAGAGGUAAACUGCUGUGGAUGGAAUGGACCAACGGACUGGAGUGAUGAUCUGGUGCCUUGCAGUUGUUAUGAGCCAAGCAACAGCACAGUUUUUGACCAGUUAAACCAAGAGAUAAGUCAUACUGGUUCUCAAAUGGCUUGCCUCUGCCAGUCCCUGUCCUUCCCAGAAAACUACACCUGCAACAUUUAUAAGCAAGGCUGCAAAGAAGGUAUUAAGGUGUGGCUUGAAGAAAACAUGGUAAUCAUACUGGGUGUUAUGUUUGCUGUGGUGCUAGUUGAGCUCUGUGGUAUGACCCUUUCGAUGUAUCUGUAUAGGCAGAUCAAUUUGGACUACAGUGUGCUGACUCGUUACUUCUAGUCAGGAGUGAGAAUGGGACAUCGCAUAAAUUGCUUUUAGUUUGGCUACAAUAGACUCAAAAUGAAAAUGUUGACUAUGAUUGUAAUUCAUUUUUGAUAUUUUUCCUUGAGAGUAUUGUUUGUGUUUUAUUAAUUUGAAAAUUUGUUUUCUUUAAACUUGGAGUUCAAACUUAUGAUGUCUGUUUACAUAAUAUAGGUGUAGGUUACCGUAUCUCUAGCCCAUGUAAUAUUCUAUGUCUAUGUACAGUAUUUGACCCAAAUUUCUGUACCUGUACAAUAUCUGUAUUGCGUGUAUUUGCUUCUUAAGUCAUUCAAUAAAGUUGUUUAACAAAUCA